AUGCUACAAGAGCUUGGUAUUGAGCAAAAGCUACUCACGAUUACUGGUGACAAUGUUAGUAACAACGAAUCAAUGAUUUCAGAACUUCAUGAUCUUAUAAAGGCCCACUAUAUCCGCUGCCUUGCUCAUAUCCUGAACCUUAUUGUGAAGGAUAUCCUUCGUGUAUUGAGGUCUAGUGAUGCCCAUGAAGCCUCAAGGAUCUGCGAUCAGUUAAACGAUGAAGACCUUUCAGCAGAGACUGCUCUCUCACGCAUUCGAAUCUUUGCAGUAUGGGUCAGUCGAAGCAAUAAACGACGUGCAUCAUGGACCAAUAUAUGCACUUUUGUGCAGAUUUCUACUGCAUUUAUCCCAUGUGAUGUCGAUACACGCUGGAAUUCGACAUACCUGAUGCUUGAGGCUGCCCUUAAAGCAAAACCCCAGAUUACUGCAUACCUUGAAGCGCAGACUGAGCUUCCUCGGUUUACUGUGGAGGAUUGGCAUCCUACAUCGGGUCUUCUAUCUGCUCUACAAGUUGACUCUAUCUGUCUCUCGAAAACAGCCUCAUCUUACGAUGGCAAUCCCUAUUUACUACAGUCUUCACAAUUUGCUUCAUCAAGGUGCUGA